AGCAACCGUUGCCAGGAAGUGACGUUGCCUAGUUACCAGGCACCAUGCCGACAGCAGCCAGCUGGUGGAUGUUGUUGUUGCCCGCUAACGAGGAUUGUUUUUAAAUGCAGCUCUGCGUUUCAUUUAUUCGUCUUCUCAACGGAACAUCGUCUCUAAAGAAGAGCUAAAUGCAACUGUAACGUGAAACACUGUUUAUCGGGCGACCCUUUGCCAGGUUGUGUGUUGGGUAAGACUACCAUGUUCAACCCCGAUGAACUAGAAGGUGAAGUGGAUCAUUCGUUUUUCGACAGUGAUGGUAGCAGCAGAGAAGAAGGGGAAAAGAUGGAGAAAGGCUCGAAGGCUGAAAAGGAGAACGUAGCAGCACAUGAGAGGCUACAAACAAAACAGACUGAAAAUACAAAAGGUGGCUGGUCCCCAAGGACUGAUGGGACAAAAAAACACCUGAAGCCAGUCGACGACAACAGUAGCAGCAGAGCAGAAAUGGAAGAGAAAAACUGUCAAUCAAAGGAAGAAGAAGGAAGGAGCAGGGCUUCCAGCGUAUCAUCUGUUACAUCAGAUAAAGUCAUCAAUAAUAGCGGUGAUCGUGAGGAAGACUCUAAUUUGCAGUCUAAAAGGCCCAAUGGAAGAUUUAUGUCAUUUUUGGAUAAGGUUGGGGAGGAAUAUUAUAAGGAUGUGUCCAGCCAGAGUCCAAAUGAGUCUGAAGAAGAGGCAUUGCCAUCCAAACACACAAAAGGGAGAAAUAAACAAUCUCCUAAAAAACUGGUAAAGUGCAUCCGAAGUCCAUCCCCCACUUCAACGGAGAGCAGCGUAGACGCAGACUCAGAGAGCUCCUUUAGCAGCAGCAAUAGGAGAAGCAGUUUGGAUUCCCCCGCCCUUCCCCAGCCCAACAAGCCUUCUUCGUCCCCUGGAGUGAGUAGGACCCGGGCAGGAUCUCGGGAUGUGCCUGUUGGCGGUACAGAGGAGUCAGAGGAUACAGUGACAGAUGUGAGCCCCCUCUCCUCUCCUGACAUCAGCCCUCUCCAGUCGUUGGACCUGAACCACACAGAGGCCGAAGAGGGAAGCCUUAAAGGGCAGCAGCAGCAGGAGAGUGUGCCCUCCAGUGGCCUCAGCGUCUUGCAUCAAGACUCAGAUCAGGAUGUAGACGAGUGCUCCUUCAAUUCAGAGAGUCAGCUUGGAAGCAAACUGGUCUUCUGCUAUCCCGGAGGUAGAAACAGGAAGAACUACUCGUUCACCAACGAUGAGGUCCGACGCAUAGAUCAUGAGAACCAGCGUCUUCUUCGGGAGCUGUCGCGCCAUUCUCCAGGGACCAGACCAGGAAGUAUAUCGAGGAAGAAAACCCCUAUGGCCAGCAAGACGCCUCAUAUCCGCCUCACUCACAGCGCACUCAACAGACAACGGGAACAGCAUCGCAUCGAGAGGGAGAACCUGGCUUUCCUGAAGAGGCUGGAGUCCGUCAAGCCUACAUCUGGCCUGAAGCGCUCGGAACAACUAGACGACUACCACCGACAGGUUGGACACGUGGGAGCUCCUUCAUACCCCGUCUCCAUCUCCACCACCACCAAGAGAGAGAGGUCUACCAGCAAGACACCCUCAGCAGAUCCCAGGCCGGCCAGUUCUGCCCUCCACAGCUCCAGAGCAGUUUCCACCAACACUGACUCCAGCAAAACACGCGUACCCAGGUCAAAAGAAACAGCCUGGUGCUGAGAACACAUUUUAGCAUUUUACCUUUAGUGAUAUCAGUUGGUAUCCAUUCAUUAUAAAAUUCCAAGGUACUACGCUUCAAGCAUCUUUAUUUACAUGCAUGGGUUCAUCAUACAUUUAGUUGACUUAAUCAACUAUUCAGUGAUAUGUGUUGUCGUGCUUAUCAAUUAAAAAGAAGAUGGACAUUUUUCCACUCUUUGAAGCUGAAAUAUAGCAAAUGGUGCUCUGAGCUCCGAGCUAUUGUCAUGCAUUUGAAUAGUUCAUUUGUGGCUUCUUCUUCUUCUUACCGCAGUAACUCUUCAUGACAGUUAGCUAGCUGUAUUUUUGUAAGAAAUAUGUCCUAUACUUAAUGGAAACGUCCCUCAUAUGUGUAUAUAUAAUGUUUCAGUGAGUGACUUUUCCAUUAAACCUGCACUUGGUUGUUUCUCAUAUUUGUACAGUUUAUGAUGCACUAGAGAAAUGUGUUUUUAAAGAAUUAAACAAACUAUUUGAAAUAUUA